CCGAGUCAUGGCAACGGCGUGACGUGAGGGUACUGGGAGCUGCGGGAGAAGCGGUCGCGGCUUCAGUUCUAGCCUACCCGGCCGCCCGGGCGGGAGCAGGGGCGAGAGGAGCCGCAGCCCCGGGCAGCUCCUGCGCUCGGGGACCCUGAACCCGCCCGGCGGCCCCUUCCUGCCGCUUUUCCUCCCGAGCGAGGAAGGCGCAGCGGUUGUCAGAGCUGAGAGAAUAAGGGAGGGUCGCGCGCAUGGCCUCGGCGGGCGCGCGGCGGCUCCCAGCCGGGAUGCGCGCGGCGGCCCCGCGCUGCUGCGGCUUCGCGCUCCUCCCAGGCGCGCUCCCGGCUCCGCCCCCCGGCCCUCCGCGACGGCCGCGACCAAUGAGAUUUCUGAUGUCCUGCAGCCUCUUCUUGCCCCGGGCUGCCCAGGUCUUGGUGGCUGAGGCUGGCUUACCUCCCAGGCGUUCCUUCAUGGGCUUUGCUGCCCCCUUCACUAACAAGCGAAAAGCUUACUCGGAGCGUAGGAUCAUGGGGUACUCAAUGCAGGAGAUGUACGAAGUGGUGUCCAAUGUCCAGGAGUAUCGUGAGUUUGUGCCCUGGUGUAAGAAGUCUUUGGUGGUAUCUAGCCGCAAAGGUCACCUGAAGGCCCAGUUAGAGGUUGGGUUUCCCCCUAUUGUGGAACGUUACACGUCUGCUGUUUCCAUGGUCAAACCUCACAUGGUCAAGGCUGUUUGCACUGAUGGCAAGCUCUUCAACCACUUAGAGACCAUUUGGCGAUUCAGUCCGGGUAUUCCUGCCUACCCACGAACUUGCACUGUGGACUUUUCGGGCUGGAGAGGUUACUGGUUGAUGAUGCCUGUCUAUGUGCCAAGCUCCUGGACGCUCACUCCAGCUUUAAUAGGAAUGGCCAGAAGAGGGAGCUCCUGGAAAGCUGAAAGAUCACCUACUGUGAGCAAUUAGUACUUUUCCCCAGCUUCUUAGAAACAUUACUUUGUUCUUAGAAAGGUUAUGAUUAUUUCCCUAUACCUCUGGAUUUCCUUUACUAGAUUCCUCUCUUGUCUUGUGUACCAUGUUUCCAUUUCCUUGUUGCCUACUGCCUGUUCCCAGAAGAGAUUGUUCAGGAGCUUUUCUUAAAAUUUUCUACCAAUCCAGGCAAGGAGCUAUGGUUGCUGGGUCUAGCUUACCUGUGGAUGGUGAGGUACAAGCGCAUGAGCUCAGUGAACUGAGCAUCAGUAUAGCCUAACAUGUUGGUGAAAUUAUGGGACCAGUCCAGCUUAGAGUCAAUGGCCCCGAUACUGCUGCCCUCCCGAUAGAGAUUCCGGUAGAUCUUUGCUGCAACACAAGGUAGCUUUGCGAUAAGAUCCAUACAAUCUUCAUAAAUCAACUGAUAAGAGGAAAAUGGAGAGAAAAAAAAAGAAAAAGAUUUAUCAACAAAGAAGAAUUAGGCAAGGAUGCUGUUUGUCGUCCAUGGAUUGGGCUAUUUGGUUGAUGCUCAGUGGUUAUAUAUGGAGGUUAACAACAAUAACCAUUUAACUAAAUAACUUUUAUGACCCAGGCUCUGCACUAAGUGAUUUAUACAUAAUAUCUUGUGUAUACUAAAACAUUUCUGGGGUGCGUGGGUGGCAAAAUCAGUUAAGCAUCUGACUUGAUUUCAGCUCAGGUCAUGGUCCCAGGGUCAUGGGAUCAAGUCCCAAAUCAGGCUUCUCACUAAGUAUGGAGCCUGCUUGAGAUUCUCUCUCUCUACCCCUCUCCCCCACUCACACACGCUCUAAAACAAAACAAAACAAAAUGUUAUUUCUAAUUUUUGCCACUCUACCAAGUACGUAAUGACCUCCAUUUUAUAGGUGAGUAAACAAGCUCAGAGCAUUCAGUUAAAUGCCAAAGUCAGAUUUUGAACGCUUUUAUGUUUAACCAUGAUCUUUCCCACUAACUGACUUUGCACUCAAUGAAUGUGCUAAGAUACUAGGUUUUAGAAAUUAAUUCUGUUCCAUCUUUCAAAGAAAAUUCACCAUAUAUGCUAAGGGUCAAAGAGUAGCAUUCAAUUGUUAGUUAAUAACAAAGGCUUCCAUUUUUAAGCACUUACUAACAGGCACUGUGAUAUAUUAUUUGCAUUUUUUUUUACCCUCACAAUAGUCCCGUAAGGUAAUAUAUCCCUCAUUUUAUAAAUCAAGAAAUUGGGGCUUGGCCAGGUUAAGUUACAUGCACAAAGUUACCCACUCAGCUAAUAAGCAUCAUGCAGCUUAAACAAUUAUUAAUUCAUGGACACUCUUGUUUCAUCUACACCCUUACUUUCUCCUCUCACCUCCCAAGUUAUUUUGAAUGAAUUCCAGACAUAUAUUCCAACAUGUAAACGUUUAAGCAUAUAUCUCUAAAAGAUAAAGGCUGUUGAUAAAAACAAAAUCACAAAACCAUUAUCCCAAAGGGAAAAAAAUUAAUAAAUCCUCAAUAUCAUUAAAUAUCUACUCAGUAUUCAAAUUUCCCUGAUAAUAAAGCCCCCCCACCUCAUGUGUUUGAUUCAGGACAGAAAAACCCACGUUGCGAUUGUUUGUCUCUGAAGUCUCUUUUUUUUUUUUUUUAAUUUUUUUUUUAAACGUUUAUUUAUUUUUGAGACGGGGAGAGACACAGAAUGAACGGGGGAGGGGCAGAGAGAGAGGGAAACACAGAAUCAGAAGCAGGCUCCAGGCUCUGAGCCAUGAGCCCAGAGCCCGACGCGGGGCUCGAACUCGCGGACGGGGAGAUCGUGACCUGAGCCGAAGUCGGACGCUCAACCGACUGAGCCACCCAGGCGCCCCUGAAGUCUCUUUUAAUCAAUGUUAAGUUCCCUGUCAUGCUUUCCUUUUUUAAAAAAAUCUUUUUGUAUAUUUUAUUUUUUAGAGAGAGAGCAAGUGGGGGACAGGGGGAGGAGGGAAAGAAAGAAAAUCUUAAGCAGGCUCCAUGAUCAGCGCGGAGCCUACCACAGGACUUGAUCCCACAAUGCUGGGAUCAUGACCUGAGACGAAAUCAAGAGUUGGACGUACCACCUAGGUGUAGUGUACCCCCCGCCUUUUUCACUUUGCAAUUUAUUUGUGGAAAAUCGGAUCACUUCUUUUGGAGAAUUUCCCAGUUUAGAUUUCGCUGGUUAUAUACCUGUGAUGUCAUUUAACAUGUUUCUCUGUCGAUUGUAUUUUGUAUAAAACUGAUGGAUCUAAAGGCUUGAGUAGAUUCCAGUUUAAUUUUUUUUUUUUUUAGCAAGACUACUCAAAUGAGCACCAGGUGACGUAUAGAAGUGUUGAAUCACUAUAUUGUAAUCUGAAACUAAUAUUACACUGCAUGUUAACUAACUGAAA